GGUGGAGUAAAGUUGGAUGUACUAUACCAUUUUUUUCUCUCAAAUUAGCCAGGAUACGCUACAAUGUCAUAGCAGCAAGAUCAUAAGAAUUCUAAAAGAAACCUGAUUUUAUCAUAGAACACGAGCAUUGAUAUAUCGAUAAUGGGCGAUGUAAGUGAAGAAUCGUUGUUGGAUUAUUUCUACUCGGCCGGAUGGAAAGUAAAAAAUUCAGAUUUAAUGAAAACAUACAAGCCUUUUAUUGGUCACAAGGACAUGGAGCUGCGUGCCAAAUACAGAGAGGAGUUCAAACAGAUCAUCGACAGGAUUGCUGUUGUGAAAUCAGAGAAUGGUGAGAAGUACCUAGUUCUGAAGAAGAGAUACCGGCAGCAGAAGCAGGACAGUGAGACAGAGCCUGGGACAGACAGACAGGCCAGCCCUGCCAGGCCAUCGGCCUCAGCCCAGUGGGAUGGGUCAGGGGUCUCGUCUCUCUCCAGUGCCCAGAUGGAACCAGACCUCCAGCCUGAACUGGCCAAGUGGGCAGAGGAGAGGAAGCCUUCCCGGGUGACGUGGUGUGGAAGAGGCCCCAGCAUUACUGUCACAGAGGCACCCGAGCAGGAGCACAUGCAAGAGGAUCAGCACACUGAGAGAAAACCCUCACCGUCUGUUUCGGAGGAACCCCUUGUGCACAGCAAAGGGGAGAAUGAGCUAGACAGAGACUCAGGGUCAAAGUCAGAGUCCGAAGAGCAGGAAGAGGAGUGUACGGGCAGUAUGGGCUCCACCCCAGUGGCUCUGGACCCUGUGGAGAAGGAAUGGAUCUACUCUGCUGCAUGUGGCUGUCUCUCUGACCUCGCCCAGCUGCUACAACAGGAGCCCUCCCUGGCCAACAAGAAGGACUUCACCUCGGGGACAGCUCUACACUGGGCAGCCAAACAUGGCAAAGAGGACAUGGCUACCAUGAUGGCCAAUGCAGGGGCUGACGUCAACACUAAAUCUCAUGGGGGCUAUACACCCCUGCAUAUUGCAGCAUUGCAUGGCCAUCGAAACAUUUUGGAGCUGCUCAUUGGAACAUAUGAUGCGAAGGAGAACCUCCGGGACUACAGUGGCCAUCUUGCAUGCCAGUACCUGAACAUCAGGGAGCCUACAGAGGAUGACAGAGCAGCUCCAGAGGAGAUACAAUUCCCUGAGUUCCAUAUGGCCCAGGCCAGAGACCGCAGCAGGAACAGGAAGUUGACCUCAUUGUUCCAGUCCAAGAAGAAGUGGGGCUCAGCGGAGGAGCUAGCCCCUGUAGAGGAGGAAAAGGUGGCACUUGCACCGCAUCAACUCAUCGUCCCCGCAUUCAGACCCAGGAAAUUCUCACGCUGAGAAAGUAGGUAACCAAAUGCCCCAACAUGCAUUGAUGACAUAAGUACAUGUUCAGUCAGUGUAUGUUUAUUUGAAUUUGAAUAUUUGCUUUUAUGGUAUGUAUGCUUGUGUGUCUCGUGCCUUCAGAAAGUAUUCAGACCCCUUGACUUUUUCCACAUUUUGUUACAUUACAGCCUUAUUCUAAAAAUUAUUAAAUUGAUUUUCCACCUAAUCAUCUACACACAAUACACCAUAAUGACAAAGCAAAAACAUGUUUUUAGAAAUGUUGCUAAUUUAUUUUUUUAUUUUUUACGGAAACAUCACAUUUACAUAAGUAUUGAGACUCUUUACUCAGUACUUUGUUGAAGCACCUCUAGCAUCGAUUAUUCUUGGGGAUGACGCUACAAGUUUGGCACACCUGUAUUUGGGGUGUUUCUCCCAUUCUUCUCUGCAGAUCCUCUCAAGCUCUGUCAGGUUGGACGGGGAGCGUUGCU